AUGGCUCCAGGUGACCAAUGCUUAGCCGAUCGUUAUAAUAUGACUAAACGUCUCGGCGAUGGAACAUUUGGCGAAGUGCUUCUUGCCAAAAAGUUAGAUACGGGGGAUAUUGUGGCCAUAAAAAGGAUGAAAAAAAAAGUGUAUUCCUGGGACGAGGCAAUGUCACUCCGAGAAGUAAAAUCAUUGAAAAAGUUGAAUCAUCCAAAUAUUAUUAAAUUACGGGAAGUAAUCCGCGAAAACGAUGUACUGUAUUUUGUAUUUGAAUAUAUGCAAGAAAAUCUUUAUGAGUUAAUGAAAGACCGAGACCGCUACUUUCCGGAGAAUGUUAUACGUAAUAUCAUAUAUCAGGUGCUUGUAGGAUUGGCAUACAUGCACAGAAACGGGUUUUUUCAUCGUGAUAUGAAACCGGAAAACAUCAUGUGCAAUGGCACUGAAUUGGUCAAGAUUGCCGAUUUUGGUUUAGCGAGAGAAAUAAGAUCCAGACCACCCUACACAGAUUAUGUUUCUACAAGAUGGUAUCGAGCGCCGGAAAUUCUACUUCGGUCAACAUCUUAUAAUUCACCUAUUGAUAUUUGGGCAUUGGGAUGUAUCAUGGCAGAGCUCUAUCUACUAAGACCUCUUUUUCCUGGAACGUCAGAACUAGAUCAGAUAUUUAAAAUUUUAACAGUGCUGGGAACACCAUCUAAGGAAGACUGGUCAGAAGGUUACCAGUUAGCAGCCAUGAUGAACUUCAAGUUUCAACAGUGUGUUGCAACUCCAUUAGGUACAAUUAUAACAAAUGUCGGAAGUGACGGCCUUCGAGUAAUGACCGAUAUGAUGCUCUGGAAUCCAGAAAAACGACCUUCUGCCUCAGCAUCUCUAAAAUACAAAUACUUUCAAGCGAGACAAAAACUGGGGACACCAUCAACGCGGCAAGCAUCAUCUUCUAACAGAAAGAGUAGCGCCAGCUCAACUUUCUCAGAUUCUAAACUUGUGCUUGGCAAACAGAAGUUAAAAACAAAUUCUGCUGGCCCAUUUCAAAAUUUGUUUCCGGUUGAAACUACCAUCAAAGAGCGAAACAUUAAUCGAAAUUUACCCAUAAACAAGGUUAUUGACGAACCAACAAAGAAGGAUUCACUGCAAGACAAAAAGAGCGUUACGAUUAAUGGUUUGGUGACUACAAAAGCCAGGCCACCAGUUAAAGAGCUAUAUAUUUCCAAAUCUCGAUAUAUGCCAGGUAUGAACAAACAUUUGCAACAGAAUCGCAGUGAUAACCAAAACCCUGUGAUGCAUAAAGGCGGUUACAAUAACAUUCAAAGAUCGGCAGUACAGGCUAGAUUUGAGUACGCUUACGGUUAUAUACCUUCAUUUGCGAAACAGAUACCCAAUGCUGCUCGAACCAAAGGAAACCCGGGAAGAAUUGACUGGACAGCAAAGUAA